AUGAACUCUCCUAACUAAUAACAAUAAACUCAAAAAAUUUCUGAUACUAUAGAUUUCUCUAGAAUAUCCUUGCUCAAAUCUUUGUUGUAAUUGGGUUUCCCAGUUAUUAUUUAGCAAAUUAUGAAUUAUUUCAAUCAGGCAGUAAAUAUUUAUUACGCUGGUUAUGAUCCAAAUCCAGCAGUAGUGGCUGGAGUUGGUCUGGGAAAUAAGAUUCUUAUUGGUAUUGGAAUUGAUAAAUAAACUGCUAAUUUUGCAUAAAUUUACAUUUCGAGAUGCCUUCCAGGGCUGAUUGCUUUGUCUUAUUUUGAUAUUGCAAGAUAAUACUUAGUUGCUAUUAACAAACCAUUUUUUUUAAACUUUUUUCUUAUUCAUCUUAUUCUGUAUUUUGAUAAUUAAUACAAAGAAACCUGGUUUCUAGGAGGAAAAGAAACAUUCUACAACCUAAUUUUGUAUGUUAAGCUUGCGAUUCCAGCUGCUACUUUAUAGAGCCUAGAAUAUUUCGGCUUCGAAAUUUUGUGUAUCGCUUCUGGUUUUAUAUCUGUUACUUCAAACGCUGCACAAGUUAUAGUAUCAACAGUAAAUUCUAUUUAUUUUAUGAUUCCCGCAGGACUUGGUAUGGCUACUACUACUAUCAUUGGCAAUUUAAUUGGUUAAUAAAAAAGCAAGCUUGCUUUUGCGUAAAAUAAUUUCAUUGUGAAAUUCAGUUUCUUUGCUGGAACAAUCACAUGUCUCUCUUUAUUGUCAUUAAGAAAUAUAUUGGCUCAUGCUUUUACAUAAAAUGAUGAGGUCAAGUAAAUAGCAUCUGAUGCUAUAUCCAUAUCUUUUUUUUCUCAUUUCUUAGACUUUGUUUAUUGUAUAAUGACUGGAUCAAUCAAAGCAUUAACUAAGUUUAAUUAAUCGAUUGCUGCUGGGUUCAUUGCAUUUUAUGUUAUUGGAUGUCCUACCGGUAUCUUUCUUGCUCUAUAUAUCAAAAUGGGAGUUCCUGGUCUUUGGAUUGGACUAAUUUGUGGGUAGCUGGCAGAGACAAUUUACUAUUAUUACCUAUUAAAUUAUGGAUUCAAUUGGGAGAUGAUAACAUUAGAAUGCUUUAAUAGACAAGAAGAUGAUUUAAAGAUAACACUUGAAAAAGAACGAUUAUUAGGAAUUAUUAAGUUUGAUGACGAAAAUGAAAAUAAAAUACAUUAAGAUUCUUGUGAUAUCGAGAUGAAAUGA